CUAUAAAGAAAAUGAGUUGGAAGCAAUGGAAAAUGAACAAAUUUGUUGAUUACCCAACAUUGGUACAACCAUUCUAUGUUAUUUCCAUUACUCUUCUUAGUCUUCUUUUACCUUUAUCAUUUCUACUUCUGGCUAGAUUAUCAAGUGCUCAUUAUUUGUUGUCAUUAGCCUCAAUUUCUCCUCCUAAAUCUUUUCUUUUCACUGUUUUUUUGAAUACAAAUCCGAAUCUGCUACACGCCCUUGUGUUUAUGGUUAGUUUCGCGGCUUUAAUUCAAGCCUUAAUUGGUCGAAUUAGCCUGAUAAUUGAGCACCCGGGACCAAUUUUUAGGCCCCGGGUGCACGCAGCAUGGAUCUUCCUAUGCACAUUACAAGUGUGCGUAGGUUUAGGUAUUGAGGUUACUAUUAAGGCAGGGGUUGAUGGAGCCGGUUUUGGUGAUGGUAGGUCCAUGUUGAGUAAGUUGGUUUUCUUUUUGGGCCUACAUGAGACUAUGAUCCAUUGGGCUAGGACCAUAGUAAGGCCCGUAGUGGAUGACACUAUCUUUGGUGGGGCCCGAGAAGAGCGGUUGACCGAGAGGUGGGCCCUCGCCGGUUGUUUCGGGGCGUUGUCGUUGUGGAGGUUGAGAGAUGAGGUGGAGUCAUUGGUGGUGGUGGUGGAGGUUAAGAGGCAAAUGAUGAUGAAUGUUGGCUUGGGUGAUUAUCUUGGAUUAUGGUUGUAUUAUUUGACGGUUGCAAUUGGGAUGGCUAGGAUUAUCAAAGUCAUUAUGUGGGUAUGUAUGAAUGUUUUUAGUAGGAGGGUAAUUGAAAAUCAUGAUUAUAAUGUUGAGCUUAUUAAAGAUGAGGAUAGUAAAGUAUGAUGUAAUUCAAUUGUAUUUCAUUUUUUUUUUAAUUUUAAUAUAAGGAUAAUUUUCUAAGGUAAGAAAAUGGGAAAUUAAUUUUCUGUGUUCAUAGCAAUUAUGAGAAAAUUUUUACUUUAUAUCUCUAUUAUUACACUUUUUGAGAAAUUGUAAAUGU